GACAGGCGAUCCGAUCGAUAUGGUGGCACGCUGAGAGACACCGUCUUGGAGUACAGAGUCGAAAAUGGAAGAACGUAUCACAGUUUGAAAGAAGGCAGCUAUUGGCAACCCAACGAUGAGGCAUCACAAGAAAGAUUAGAUCUUGCCCACAACCUGUUUGUCAUCACAUUUGACAAUCGCAUGUGCAUGUGUCCCAAGAACGAAAGGGCCCGUUAUGUCUUGGAUGUCGGUACAGGGACUGGUAUUUGGGCGUGUGACUUUGCGGAUGAGCAUCCUGAAGCACAUGUGGUCGGCGUGGACCUCAGCCCGAUACAACCACACUUCGUCCCGACAAACUGUCGCUUCAUCAUCGACGACAUAGAAUCCGAGUGGCUGUUUGACGACAAGUUCGACCUCGUCUUCAUCCGCAACAUGCUCGGCAGCUUCGAGUCGUGGCAAAACAUCUUUGAGCGGGCCUACGGGGGCCUCGAAGCCGGCGGCUACCUCGAGGUACAGGACUGCACCCUGCCCAUCAAGUGCGACGACGGGACCCUGCCCGAAGACGCCGUCAUCAGCCACUGGUGCCAGCUGAUGCUCCAAGCGGCCGAGAUGGCGGGCCGCCCGAUCGACAUCACGCCAAAGCUCGCCGACCUCAUGCGGCAGGUAGGGUUCGAGGACGUGACGGUGAAAAAGAAGAAGUGGCCGCAUGCACCGUGGCCCAGGGAUCGUCAGAUGCGGCUCAUUGGAUGGUGGGCCCGAGAGGUUUCAAUAUCUGACCUCGAGGGCAUGUGCAUGAAGCUACUGAUACAGUAUCUAGGCUGGACGAUGGAGGAGGUCAAAGAUAUUUGUGCAAAGGUCAAGGAUGACUGCGAUAACCUGAGGUAUCAUGCGUACUGGGACGUGUAA